GGUCUGUCAUUAGCUCGAGCUUCACACAGCUUUGAAGAUGGCCAGCAGCGACAGCACAGCGCCCGCCGAGCCUGAUAAUAAACAACAGCCUAGCGACUCUUACGAUAAAAAGUGUAUUUUCUGUAAAAUAGUGAACAGGGAGAUGGACACUGAGCUCUUACACAGCGAUGAAGAAAUAUCAUGUUUUAGAGACAUAAAACCUGGAGCUCCCCAUCACUAUCUUGUUGUUCCUACAAAACAUGUAGGGAACUGUAAAUCGCUCAACAAGGAACAUAUUCCAUUAGUGGAGAAAUUGAUGGAAACGGGAAAGACUAUUCUUCAGAAGAACAAUGUCACAGAUUUAAAUGAUGUCAGGUUUGGCUUCCACUGGCCUCCGUUUCACUCUGUUGUACAUCUGCACCUUCAUGUGCUGGCACCUGCCAGUCAGAUGGGCUUCAUGGCUCGCUUGAUCUUCCGCCCGGACUCCUACUGGUUCAUUACGGCUGACCAGUUACUCCAAAGACUGAACUCAAUGGAUUAGGAGGAGUAAGAAGGAUCGCAUUGCACUGGAACUUUUUUGGAACUCUAAGUGGACAUGCUCUGUGGACUAAAGGUGAUGCGCAAGUGCCUCUGGAUUCUAAUGCUUAUUUAGGCAUGUCUUGCAUGCUAGACAGCUUGAUUCAGACAAACUGAGUAAUCUUGCAGCUACAUUUUAUUUUAAUUUAGAAGCAGAACUUGAGUUGCAUAAUUUUGAACAUUAAAGAUAACUGCUUUAUUUUGUUUGGUGAAAACAUAAGAAAAAUUCCUUGAUUGCACUUUCUAACCUGUUAUUUUAAUUUAACUAAUUGCCAAGUCUACUGAUACAUUAGAUACACUGAAUGUAUCUGACACGGGCUUACUUACACAGGAAAUGCUCAUAUACAAAACAGGAUUUUCAUUCCAAUUAAAAUAAACUUAAUCUAAUUAACAUUAGAUGUAAAUUGAAAAUGAAACCCUGUCACAAAUAAAAAAAAAUGGCAGUAAUUUCA